UAUAAGACAGAACACAUGAGAGUCCAACUUCUUUCAAGUCUCAGGUCCAAGAAAGAAACAAAGGUUCUGUAUAUUCAUAGUUUAAAGAGAAUGAAGUCAAUCUUAGCCAACACUUCUCUCGACUCUUCGUUCUCUCUUUCUAAACGUUACUUCAACUGGAAGAAGAAGAAAGUUCAAGAAGACGACGAGGAAGAGGAAGAAGAAGAAGAAGACGAAGACUACAACCACAACGAAGAGAAAAUCUUGACCCGUUUCAACUUCUCCUCUGACCCGACCCGACCGGAUCAGUUCAGUACCCAACAGAUGAUGAAGAAGAAAAAGAAAAAGACUAUGGAAAAGAUCCGUUACGCACUCGGGUUCUCUAACUCGGGUCUUGGUUUCCGGGUCGUUGGUACUUUAUUCGGUAACCGUCGUGGACACGUCUACUUCGCCGUUCAAGAUGACCCGACCCGUUUACCCGCUGUUUUGAUCCAGUUACCAACUCCAACGAGCGUUCUUGUACGUGAGAUGGCUUCAGGGUUAGUGAGAAUAGCCCUCGAAACGGCGGCGUUUAAGACGGAUACAAAGAAGAAGAAGCUUUUGGAAGAGUCCUCAUGGAGAACGUAUUGUAACGGUAAAAAAUGUGGUUACGCGGCGAGGAAAGAGUGUGGAGAAGCGGAGUGGAAGGUGUUGAAGGCGGUCGGACCUAUAACAAUGGGUGCCGGAGUUUUACCGGCGGCGACGGUGGAAGAAGAAGGGAAUGGAGCGGUUGGGUCCGAGAAAGGUGAGCUCAUGUAUAUGAGAGCCAGGUUCGAGAGGGUUAUAGGGUCGAGAGACUCGGAGGCGUUUUACAUGAUGAACCCUGAUGUGUCUAGUGGUGGACCUGAGCUUAGUGUGUAUUUUCUAAGGGUCUAAUAAGAUAAAGAUUAGUAUUAUGAAGGUAAUAUUUGACCAUUUUUAAGAAUGUGGUUUUGAUAUAUUGGCUUUGUUUAAAUGAUGAUGUUGAAUGUGUAAUAUUGGAAUUUUAUCUUUAAUGAUGUUCCAAAAGAUUAGUGAGAUAAAAAAUAUGAAAUUGUUAUAAGAGUAGAAGUUAUGUAUCA